AUUUUUUUACUCCGUAAAAUUCGAAAUAACUAAGUUAAUAAUGGAGGUAUUGAAUUAAAAAAAAGUGUUUUAUUGUAUUUAAAGGCAAGUCGAUUGACAUUAUUAAUUCAGAAAUUUACGAUCUUGGGUUACAAGGGGUUAAGGCUUGCCUCUUCGAUAUUGGUAGAUUCUCAUAUGCUUUUUGAAUUGUUUCUCAAGGCUUCUUUCUGCUCUUUAGUUGAUGAAAUCCAUUGCCAAUUACAAUAGAUUCUGAAAAAAAACUUUCCAUAAUCAUGUUCAUUCCCAUGUUUGAAACAAAGGAUUUAUAUAAUGGGAAAUUUUUAUCCACGAAAAAAUAAUUUUUUUUUUUUUAUUCAAAAAACAAAGACUACAACUGCAACAUCUGCUCUUGUGCUUUCGACACAAAAACGAGCCUUAAUAUUCAUAAUGCACAAACGCAUAAAAUUACCAAGACGGAUGAACCAAACGAACAAGAGGACAUAAAGUCUGAAGAUUGCCCACAAAUCGUACCUUCUAGUUCCAUGAGAAUUCAUUGCAUUCUUUGCGAAAAAACCUUCCCAACAAAAAUCGCUCUUAAGCAUCAUUCCAAUAUUCAAAGCUGCCAUUUAUGUGGGCAAUGCUACUUCAGACCAUCAGCCUUAAAACGACACAUUGAAUUCACACACAAGGUCGAAAGUAAUAAAUACGAAUGCAAAGAAUGUGGCCUAUUCUUUAAAAACCCAUCGAAUUUUAAGGAACAUAGCAGAAAACACGAUAAAAGUAUACAGUUUCCAUGUAGGCACUGUGAUCGAAAAUUUCUGCAAAAAAAGAAACUAGAACAUCAUAUUAUGCGGUUUCAUUUGAAUGAAUGUCCAUUUAAGUGCGACAUCUGUGGUAAGUGCUAUGUGACGAAAAGCAAUUUAACUGACCACAUUAGGUCGAAGCAUACCAAAACAACUUUCGAUUGCGAUAAAUGCAAGCGAAAAUUUGAAUCACAAUCAGGGCUUAGAGAGCAUAAGUAUACACAUGAUGGAUAUCCGUAUAAUUGUCCUUUGUGCAGUGUUGGAAUAACAUCAAGAUUCAAGAUGAAACAACACCUGAUGAGGAAGCACAAAGGCGCUCUAACGGAAGAAGAGUUCAAUAUUAUGUUUCCGAUUUGUAAAUAGAUUAAACCGAAAGAAAUAUAUUGCAUUUAUCAUUUCAAAAUUGGAGACUGCAUUAAUAAUAUUAAAAUAUUUAAAUGAAGGUAAAUUGAAAUAUGUAUAUGAAGAAUUUCAGGACAAAAUCCUAAAAAGUAUAUCUUGCCUAAAGUAAGGCA